AUGAAAAUUAGCCAAGGUGAAUCUGUUCCGCUCGGGCAAGCUGGAUUAUUGCUUUCUAUCUUUGCGCUUUCUGGGUUCUUCUAUCGGUGCUCCGAAGAUUCUGAAAUAGCAACGAAUGAAAAAGAGGCUGUGCAUAUCUCAAAGGCCAUAGGCAAGACAGCUUUAGAUGUUCUAGACCAUUCACGCAGGAAUACUUCAGGUACAUUAGAAGAUGUCCAGGCCUACAUCUUCAUGUCUCUCCUUUCAUUCCAUCUUGACGGAUUUUCGGCAAGAGGCCGUCUUCUAUCAACCACGGCGGCCUCUAUUGCUAGAGACCUUCGUCUGCAUCGAUUGGAUGCCGAAGACGAGAACACUAGUGAGAAGGUUCCUAGCGUCCGUGCUUCGAUAGAUCGCGAGGUUAGACGUAGAGUAUUUUGGCAUAUUACAGCCGAAGACUGGUUACAAUCAACCAUCAGCGGACCUCAAGAGGGCAUGUACUUCAUUAAUCCGAAUCAUAUAGAUGUCAAGCUUCCAAAAUACCAUUUCGAUGACGAAAUUUCCCUAAGCGACAGUGACUCCAUAGAUGGUCCUCCACCAAGUGGCAUGGCUUUUCUUCUCGAAAGGAUCCGACUCGCGCAUCUGUGUAGAGAGGUCGCUGACAUCGUGCCAUUGGAGACAUCAAAGGCUAUGCAGAUGCCAUACGAGAAUAUCAUAGCUCUGGACAAGAAACUACAAGAUUUUAUCUUAAGCCUACCUUUCUUCUUUAAGACUGAUCCCGAGAGUCGGGAGAAAAGUAGGAGAUUCGAGACAGUAUAUCCUUACAUCCCUCACAUGAGAUAUGCCAUCACCAACGCAGCUCACAGUAGGCGGUGCAAGCUGCACCAAAGAUUUCUACUACGACAGACUCACGAUUCCCGGUAUUCCUACUCGAGAUUAGCCUGCCUGGCAUCAGCAUGCGCAGUCAUUGAGGGGUACGAAGACCCGACCGAGUUUGAUUCUCCUGCUUACACGACAGCCCGGAUGGGACUGGCUAUGCACUACAUGCAUCUUGCGUUAGUAGUUAUGGUCAUGGAUUUAUGUUUCAAUAGACACGAAGUAGACGAGAUACAGAUCAAGGCUAAGGUGAGGGCGGCUUUUCAGAAGUUUGAUGAUGACAGACACAUCUCUCCGCUUCCUAGUCGUUUCCUACGUUCACUGCGCGACGUCUUGCAGAAGCAUGAAGUAUAUCUUACCCAUCAAACCGUUUCAACAUCCGAGAAUGGUACUGGUGCUCCUGGUGAGAUCAACGCUGGUAGUUUCGGUCUUCUUCAUGACAUACAGAUGCAGCCCGAACUUGGAAUAGAUGAAGGUGGCCUUGACAGUUCCUUCGAUGAUUUCUGGCAGUUUGCAAGUCAAAGCGAGAUGAAUCCCGAUUCGAUAACGUGGGAUAACCUGUUCGCAGCUCUCGAUACGAGGCCAAUAUGA